UACAGGCUCAGUCAGGCCCAGUCCCCAACGUGGGGGCAUUGGGGACACAGGGAGGAGAGGGCAGCGGGCUGGGGGAGCAAGGGAAAGGAAGGGUGUUGGGGAAGCCAUGGAGCCGUCCUCACCUCAGGAUGAGGGCCUGAGGAAGAAACAGCCCAAGAAACCUGUUCCUGAGAUUCUGCCGAGGCCACCCCGGGCCUUGUUCUGCUUGACUCUCCAGAACCCUCUAAGGAAGGCCUGCAUCAGCAUUGUGGAGUGGAAACCCUUUGAGACCAUCAUCUUGCUCACCAUUUUUGCCAACUGUGUGGCCCUGGCAGUGUACCUGCCCAUGCCUGAAGAUGACAACAACACUCUGAACCUUGGCCUGGAGAAGCUGGAGUACUUCUUCCUCAUCGUCUUCUCCAUCGAGGCUGCCAUGAAGAUUAUAGCCUACGGCUUCCUGUUCCACCAGGACGCUUACCUGCGCAGCGGCUGGAACGUGCUGGACUUCAUCAUUGUCUUUCUAGGUGUCUUUACUGCGAUUCUGGAGCAAGUUAACAUUAUUCAGACGAACACGGCCCCCAUGAGCAGCAAAGGAGCUGGCUUGGAUGUGAAGGCCCUGCGAGCUUUCCGCGUGCUCAGACCGCUGCGGCUGGUGUCAGGGGUGCCCAGCCUUCAGGUAGUCCUCAACUCCAUCUUCAAGGCCAUGCUCCCCCUGUUCCACAUAGCCCUGCUUGUCCUCUUUAUGGUCAUCAUCUACGCCAUCAUUGGGUUGGAGCUCUUCAAGGGCAAGAUGCACAAGACUUGCUACUUCAUUGGGACGGACAUUGUGGCCACAGUGGAGAAUGAGAAGCCAUCACCCUGUGCUAGAACGGGCUCUGGGCGCCCCUGCACCAUCAACGGCAGUGAGUGCCGAGGAGGCUGGCCAGGGCCCAACCACGGCAUCACCCACUUUGACAACUUCGGCUUCUCCAUGCUCACCGUGUACCAAUGCAUCUCCAUGGAGGGGUGGACAGAUGUCCUCUACUGGGUCAACGAUGCCAUCGGGAAUGAGUGGCCUUGGAUCUAUUUUGUCACCCUUAUUCUGCUGGGUUCCUUCUUCAUCCUCAACCUGGUGCUGGGUGUCCUGAGCGGAGAAUUCACCAAGGAGCGAGAGAAAGCCAAGUCCAGGGGAACCUUCCAAAAGCUCCGGGAGAAGCAGCAGCUGGAGGAGGACCUUCGAGGCUACAUGAGCUGGAUCACCCAGGGCGAGGUCAUGGACGUGGAGGACCUGAGAGAAGGCAAGCUGUCUCUGGAUGAAGGGGGCUCAGAUACAGAGAGCUUGUAUGAAAUCGAGGGCUUGAACAAAAUCAUCCAGUUCAUUCGGCACUGGAGGCAGUGGAAUCGCAUCUUCCGCUGGAAGUGUCAUGACCUCGUGAAAUCCAAGGUCUUCUAUUGGCUGGUGAUCCUGAUUGUUGCCCUCAACACCCUGUCUAUUGCCUCAGAGCACCAUAACCAGCCACUCUGGCUGACCCAUUUGCAAGAUGUUGCCAACCGCGUGCUGCUGGCCCUCUUCACCAUCGAAAUGCUGAUGAAGAUGUAUGGCCUGGGCCUGCGCCAGUACUUCAUGUCCAUCUUCAACCGCUUCGACUGCUUCGUGGUGUGCAGCGGCAUCCUGGAGAUUCUGCUGGUGGAGUCGGGAGCCAUGACACCCCUGGGCAUCUCAGUGCUCCGCUGCAUCCGCCUUCUUAGGCUCUUCAAGAUCACCAAGUACUGGACGUCGCUGAGCAACCUGGUGGCCUCACUGCUCAACUCCAUCCGCUCCAUCGCCUCCCUGCUGCUGCUACUCUUUCUUUUCAUCGUCAUCUUUGCCCUGCUGGGCAUGCAGCUCUUUGGAGGUAGAUAUGACUUUGAAGACACGGAAGUACGGCGCAGCAACUUUGACAACUUCCCCCAGGCCCUCAUCAGUGUAUUCCAGGUCCUGACGGGUGAAGACUGGACCUCUGUGAUGUACAAUGGGAUCAUGGCCUACGGAGGCCCAACCUACCCUGGUGUGCUCGUGUGCAUCUACUUCAUCAUCCUUUUUGUUUGUGGCAACUACAUCCUGCUCAACGUCUUCCUGGCUAUCGCUGUGGACAACCUGGCAGAGGCAGAGAGUCUGACUUCUGCCCAGAAGGCCAAGGCCGAGGAGAGAAAGCGCAGGAAGAUGUCUAAGGGUCUCCCAGACAAGUCAGAAGAAGAGAAGUCCAUAAUGGCUAAGAAGCUGGAGCAGAAGUCCAAGGGUGAAGGCAUCCCUACCACCGCCAAGCUGAAAAUUGAUGAGUUUGAAUCUAACGUGAAUGAGGUGAAAGACCCGUACCCUUCAGCAGACUUCCCAGGGGACGAUGAAGAAGAUGAGCCUGAAAUCCCAGUGAGCCCCCGACCACGCCCCCUAGCUGAGUUGCAGCUGAAAGAGAAAGCAGUGCCCAUUCCAGAGGCCAGCUCCUUCUUCAUCUUCAGCCCCACCAAUAAGAUCCGUGUCCUAUGUCACCGCAUUGUCAAUGCCACCUGGUUCACCAACUUUAUCCUGCUCUUCAUCCUGCUCAGUAGUGCUGCACUGGCCGCUGAGGAUCCCAUCCGGGCCGACUCCAUGAGGAAUCAGAUCCUUGAGUAUUUUGAUUAUGUGUUCACUGCUGUUUUCACCGUGGAAAUCGUCCUUAAGAUGACCACCUACGGAGCCUUCCUGCACAAAGGCUCCUUCUGCCGCAACUACUUCAACAUCCUGGACCUGCUGGUGGUGGCUGUGUCACUCAUCUCCAUGGGCCUCGAGUCCAGCGCCAUCUCUGUGGUGAAGAUCUUGAGGGUUCUGAGGGUGCUACGGCCACUCCGAGCCAUAAACAGAGCCAAAGGGUUGAAGCACGUGGUGCAGUGCGUGUUUGUGGCCAUCCGCACCAUCGGGAACAUCGUGCUGGUCACCACCCUCCUGCAGUUCAUAUUUGCCUGCAUCGGAGUCCAGCUUUUCAAGGGAAAGUUCUACAGCUGCAAUGACUUAUCCAAGAUGACUGAAGAGGAGUGCAGGGGCUACUACUACAUAUACAAGGAUGGAGACCCCACGCAGAUAGAGCUGCGUCCCCGCCAGUGGAUACACAAUGACUUCCACUUUGACAAUGUGCUCUCAGCUAUGAUGUCACUCUUCACAGUCUCCACCUUUGAGGGUUGGCCUCAGCUGCUGUACAAGGCCAUUGACGCAAAUGAGGAGGACACAGGUCCCAUCUACAAUAACCGAGUGGAGAUGGCUAUUUUCUUCAUCAUCUACAUCAUCCUCAUUGCCUUCUUCAUGAUGAACAUCUUUGUGGGCUUUGUCAUUGUCACCUUCCAGGAGCAGGGAGAGACUGAGUAUAAGAACUGUGAGCUGGACAAGAACCAGCGCCAAUGUGUACAGUAUGCCCUGAAGGCCCGCCCACUGAGGUGUUACAUCCCCAAAAACCCAUACCAGUAUCAGGUAUGGUACGUCGUCACUUCCUCCUACUUUGAAUACCUGAUGUUUGCUCUCAUCAUGCUCAACACUAUCUGCCUAGGCAUGCAGCAUUACAACCAGUCAGAACAGAUGAACCACAUCUCAGACAUUCUCAAUGUGGCCUUCACCAUCAUCUUCACCCUGGAGAUGAUCCUCAAGCUCAUAGCAUUCAAGCCCAGGGGCUAUUUUGGAGAUCCCUGGAAUGUGUUUGACUUCCUAAUUGUCAUCGGCAGCAUCAUUGACGUCAUCCUCAGUGAGAUCGAUACUUUCCUGGCCUCCAGCGGGGGACUGUAUUGCCUGGGUGGAGGCUGCGGGAACGUUGACCCAGAUGAGAGCGCCCGCAUCUCCAGUGCCUUCUUCCGCCUGUUCCGGGUCAUGAGGCUGAUCAAGCUGCUGAGCCGGGCAGAGGGCGUGCGCACCUUGUUGUGGACGUUCAUCAAGUCCUUCCAGGCCCUGCCAUAUGUGGCUUUGCUCAUUGUCAUGCUCUUCUUCAUCUACGCGGUCAUUGGCAUGCAGAUGUUCGGGAAGAUCGCCUUGGUGGACGGGACGCAAAUAAACCGCAACAACAACUUUCAGACUUUCCCUCAAGCUGUGCUGCUGCUCUUCAGGUGUGCCACAGGGGAAGCCUGGCAAGAGAUCCUGCUGGCCUGCAGCUAUGGAAAGCAGUGUGACCCAGAGUCUGACUACCUGCCCGGGGAGGAGCACACGUGCGGCACCAACUUUGCUUACUACUACUUCAUCAGCUUCUACAUGCUCUGCGCCUUCCUGAUCAUCAACCUCUUUGUGGCUGUCAUCAUGGACAACUUUGACUACCUCACAAGGGACUGGUCCAUUCUGGGCCCUCACCACCUGGAUGAGUUCAAGGCCAUCUGGGCUGAGUAUGACCCCGAGGCUAAGGGCAGAAUCAAGCACCUGGAUGUGGUGACCCUGCUGAGGAGGAUCCAGCCCCCUCUGGGCUUUGGGAAGUUCUGCCCACACAGGGUGGCAUGUAAGAGGCUGGUGGGCAUGAACAUGCCCCUGAACAGCGAUGGCACGGUCACCUUCAAUGCCACACUCUUUGCCCUGGUGCGCACAGCCCUCAAGAUCAAGACGGAAGGCAACUUUGAACAAGCUAAUGAGGAGCUGAGAGCCAUCAUCAAGAAGAUCUGGAAGAGAACCAGCAUGAAACUCCUGGACCAAGUCAUUCCUCCUAUAGGAGAUGAUGAGGUGACGGUGGGGAAGUUCUACGCCACAUUCCUCAUCCAGGAGCACUUCCGGAAGUUCAUGAAGCGCCAGGAGGAAUACUAUGGGUACAGACCCAAAAAGGACACAGUUCAGAUACAGGCUGGAUUACGGACCAUAGAGGAAGAGGCAGCUCCUGAGAUCCACCGUGCCAUCUCAGGAGACCUGACGGCAGAGGAGGAACUGGAGAGAGCCAUGGUGGAGGCUGCCAUGGAGGAGGGAAUAUUCCGGAGGACUGGAGGACUGUUUGGUCAAGUGGACAACUUCCUGGAAAGGACCAACUCUCUGCCCCCUGUCAUGGCCAACCAAAGACCCCUCCAAUUUGGUGAGAUAGAGAUGGAAGAACUGGAGUCACCCGUCUUCUUGGAGGACUUCCCUCAUAACCCGGGCACCCACCCGCUUGCUCGUGCCAAUACCAACAACGCCAAUGCCAAUGUUGCCUGUGGCAACAGCAGCCAUAGAAACAGCCCAGUAUUUUCCAGCAUCUGCUAUGAAAGGGAGUUCCCAGAAGAGGCAGACACGCCUGCCAGAGAAGGACCCUUCAGGCAGCCCUGCAGGGUUUCUGGACCUCAGAGCAAAUCUGGUGUGGAGAAACUGAAAGGACAGGUGGCCCAGAGAAUGUCUGGAGGCCAGGUGCCUCCUUCCCCAUGCCAGGCAGAGCCUCCUGUGCAGGAAGAGAGAAUGGGCACCUUGCCAAGAUCUCUGGAAACACCCCACAACAGGAACUUUGAGGAGAGAGUUCCAAGGAACGCAGCUCACAGGUGCACAGCUCCAGCUACUGCAGUGCUGAUCCAGGAGGCUCUGGUUCGAGGAGGGCUAGACUCCUUAGCAGCAGAUGCUAAUUUCAUCAUGGCAACUGGCCAGGCCCUGGCAGAUGCCUGCCAGAUGGAACCAGAGGAAGUAGAGGUGGCAGCAACAGAGCUACUGAAGCAAGAAUCUCCAGAGGGCAGGGCCAUCCUGGGAGGCUUGAGCCUCAGGCCCUCCCUGGGCAGCCUAAGACAGCACCGGGGCUCCCAAAAGUUCCUUAUUCCUCCCAGGUGUUAG